AUGGAAAUGCGCAGAACAACAACGUGUCGGCUGUUCUUGGCUUGGUGUCUUCUUUCAAUCGGGCGUGCUCACAUCAGCUCCGGCUCCGAUUCGCAGCGCAACCAAGAUGUGCGGCUAACUAGCAGAAACAACAACAACAGCAUUGAUCGCAUACAACGCAAUAAUAUUGAGAUGUUGACCGAGCAGUUGAAUCGUGGCUGGCGAGCUUUUUGCGAUGCCCCCGUCGAUGAGGGCGUUAUGGCGCUCUUUCCGGGCAUCAGUCCCAGCGAUGCCCGCCUCCAUGUCAUGACCAUCACCAAUCAGAGUGUCGAGCUGCCCAUUAAGGCCAUUUCCCAAUUGCGCGACUACGACAUCUCUCCGGAACGCAAGACCCUGCUCUAUGUGAGCGCAUUCCACACCGUCGACAGCUACUUUAGCGUUCAGGAGCAUUUGGCGCUCCUGCAGUCGUCGCGACGGGAUCUGAAUGUGAUUAUCGUGGACUUUGCCAAGAAUGUUGCCCAACUCUAUUAUGCCGUGCGCCAUCACAUAUCUGUGCAGGGUUAUUUCAUUUAUAAGGUGCUCGGCGCAUUGACCGAUGCUGGCAUUGCGCCGCAGGAUAUUACUGUGGCGGGCCAUUCGGUGGGCGCCAAUAUAGCGGCAUUGGGCGCCGAACUGUUCGCCAAGGGCAGCAAGGAGAAGGAGCAAGUGGGCCAACUUAUUGCCAUCGAUCCCGCCACCAUGUGUCGCACAACGGACAUUCUGGUGCGCCAGGAGGUGGCCGCACGUGUCGUCGUCUUGCACGGCGAGGGUGAUCAGUUCGGGGUGCGCGUUCCCCUCGGACACGUGGACAUUUAUCCCAAUGGCAUUGGUUAUUUUCCACGACGCAAACUACAGCCGGGCUGCGAGACCAAAAUCUGCAGCCACAUGUAUCCCUUCAUUCUGUUCAUGGAGGCACUGAUCGAGGGUGUCAUGAUUCCGGCCACCAAAUGCACCAGCUGGGCCAAGUUCCGCCAGAGCGAUUGCAGUUUCGAAAACACACUAAACAUUGGUCUGGUCUAUCCGAAGAAUGCGCGCGGCCUUUAUUUCUGUGUGACGCAACCGAACCCUCCGUUCACAUAUAUGGAACACGGACUGCGGUAUAAGACGCCGCGCACGCUAAAGGCUUAAAUGUUGGCUAAUACUAGGGGUUAUAUUGUUUUUAAUAACUUGAUUGUUACACAAUUAUUAGCAAAAUACUUGUUAAAGCAGCAAAGCGACCGCCCAAAAGUAUGUUACAGUAUUUCAACUAAGCAGUAGAAAUAUAUGAUCAGUCAAGCAGUGCUCAAAAGAGUAUAAGAUUGAGGAAAAAAUGCAACACUGCUUUCUGACUACUGUUAAGGCUUUUAGUAUAAUUUAUUUGUUGUAGUUAAGUGUUUA